AUGUCUGCAAAGUGGCGGUCACUGCAGCAUCGGCACCGGUACACCUACACCUCGAUUGUGUUCCCGAAACACUACCAUGAUGCCCUAGCUGUCGUACCGGCUGAGGUCUCCUCGUCCAAUUUCUUUGUCCGAUUGAACAACUUGAUUUCCCUGACCUCCACUUACUUGCAAGUUGUUGCGGUCAAGGACCUUGCCUCGGCAUACGUGCAGUUUUUGUCCACUACAGGGAUUCCUGAUGAUGCAGUGCUCGCUGCCACAAAGCUUUAUUUGGAGAUCCUCUUCCUUGAGAAUUCCCUCCCUCUCCACCGGACGCUCAUAUCAGUGCUCGCCAAGUGCAAGAAAUUCUCCACAGUGAUCAGUGGGUGUUUUGCCUUGCUCUGUGAGGAGUAUGGUGGCUCUGGAAGUAAGGCAAAGAAGAGAUUUAUGGUAUCUCGGGCAGCCUUGUCGCUUAUUGGGUACCCAAAGUUGGGAUUUUUGGAUGAGGCAGUAGAGAGGUGUGCAGAGAUCAUGGCACUGGAUGUUGUUGAUGGGCUUGAUGGAGUGACUAAAGACAUUGGUGAAGGGUCACGGCCAUCUCCAGUUGUGAUGGAGCAGUGCCAGGAGGCCAUGUCUUGCAUGUACUACUUGCUGCAGCGGUACCCGUCUAAGUUCACUGUCCUUGACAAGGCGUCAAGUGUCUUCAAGAGUGCUGUCAGGACAAUACUAUCUGUUCUUAAGUCAUCUGCCUUUUCAAGGGAUUGUCUGGUGGCCUCUGGAGUGAGCUUCUGUGCUGCAAUUCAGGUUUUCAUGAGCACAGAGGAGAUUUCCUGGUUUAUUUCUCAAGGUCUAUUUGGCAUCUGUGCAAAUCAUGAAGAUAGAAAAAAUCAAUCUGUGCUCAAUGUAUUUCCGGACUUUGAUCUGUGUGAACAAAUCAGAGAUCUUUCAGUUUUGAGUAGACUUUGUUUGCUAAGAGGGAUUUUGACAUCUAUUCCAAGGACAGUACUCAACAUGCGCCAACUUCAUUCCGGUGGACCUUUAUGGACUAUUUUGUAUGAUGGAAUUUUACCUGAGCUUUGCAAGCAUUGUGAGAACCCAGUUGAUAGCCACUUCAAUUUCCAUGCUCUUACAGUGACACAAAUAUGUUUGCAGCAGAUAAAGACAUCGAUUUCAUCUGAUUUCACUGACUUCUCUGGGGACUAUAAGCCUUUUUCAAAAGAUGUUGUCAACCGUAUAUUGGGAAUCAUAUGGCGCAACCUGGAAGAUCCUUUGAGUCAGACAGUAAAACAGACUUUAAGAGGUGAAUGUUGGAAUGAUGAUGGUGUUGAGCUAGGAUAUGAUGCCUUCAGAGCUUUGUGCUUGCCUCCUUUCAUGUGGGGACUUGUAUCUGGAAAUUCAAAACUACGUUCUAACUUAAAUACUUAUGCUUUGCCUUCUCUAAUUGAAGUUGAUGCAGAGAGCAUAUUCACAAUGCUUGGAUUCAUCUCCAUUGGCCCUAGUACAAAGGAAACUAAACUAGAUGUUGUUUUGAAAAAUGACCAGUGUAUAGCUGCACUGGUUUCUCUGCUUAAGGUCUCACGAAAUCUGGCUCUUGUUGAAGGGGACAUUGAUUUGGAUCCUGAUGAAUUGUCACAGCCUGAGCAGAUGGAUAGUAAGGGUGCUGCAGUUAUAUCUGUUAAAGGGAUUAAGGUUACAGUUCCUGUUAAUUGGUUUGCUUUGGCACUGACACACAGUGAUGAAAGUCUCCGUUUAGAUGCAGCUGAAUCCCUCUUUCUAAAUCCAAAGACAUCAAGUCUUCCAUCCUCCUUGGAACUGAGCCUGCUCAAAGAGGCUGUUCCAUUGAAUAUGCGUUGUAGCUCAACGGCAUUUCAAAUGAAAUGGACAAGUUUAUUUCGGAAGUUUUUUGCUAGGGUGCGAACUGCACUUGACAGACAGGUAAAGCAGGGGUCAUGGAUUCCAUCAUUAACGUCUAGUGUUAAAGGAGCUGACUCUAUUGAUACUUCUGAAGCAACAGUUGUCAAGAGGGCUGAAGAUCUCUUCCAAUUCAUGAAGUGGCUGAGUUCCUUUCUGUUUAAUUCUUGUUACCCCUCUGGCCCUUAUGAAAGGAAAACAAUUGCAAUGGAGCUUAUUCUUACACUACUAGAUGUAUGGCCUAUUUGCCGCUCUGAAGGGAAAAUUGAUCUUUAUCCUUACAAUGACAGCAUAAUAUUGCCAGAUUCAACAAUUUCAUUUGUAGGGUCUAUAAUUGAUAGUUGGGACAGAUUCCCAACACCUCUUCCUGGGAUUUCCUUGAGUACAUCCAUAAAUGAUGUUAUCAGAUGGGCAAAAAAACUUGUUCUAAGCCCACGAGUCCGGGAAAGUGAUGCUGGUGCUUUAACCUUCCGCCUUAUAUUUAGGAAGUAUGUUUUGGAGCUCGGAUGUAUUCUUGUAUUUUCUAAAGGAAGUGAUUGCCUUGAAUGUUACACACAAUCUAUGAAUGGAGAUACAGAAGUUGUUACUAGUCAAAACCCAGUUGCACAGUAUAUAUCUUCACUCAUUCAAUGGCUCUGUAUUGUUGUCGAAGAGGUUGAGAGGGAUCUCUCUGAAGCAUGUAAGAAGAGCUUUGUUCAUGGAGUUCUUCUUACUCUGCGCUACACAUUUGAUGAGAUGGAUUGGAACUCUGAGGUAGUACAAUCAUGUAUUUCUGAAAUGAGGUGCCUGGUAGAAAAGCUGCUUCAACUCAUAAUGCGUGUAACUUCAGUGGCCCUGUGGGUGGUUUCUUCAGACGCAUUGUGUCUGCCAUAUGACAUGGAUGACGUGAUUGAUGAUGGUUCCUUCCUCUCAGAUAUAUAUGAGGAGGAUCAACCUACUACCGCUUCAGAAAGAGAGGAGAAGAACGCAAAACCAGGGAGUAAUGGCAAACCAGCCGAACAAGUUGUUAUGGUUGGUUGCUGGCUUGCUAUGAAGGAGGUCAGCUUACUUUUUGGAACCAUCAUCAGGAAGAUACCAUUGCCUGGCUGUUCUCAUUCAUCUUCAUCUCAGAAUGGCUUGCCUGACAGUACUGAGGAGACAAGCAUGUCUGAAAAAAUUCUUGAUGUGGGGCAGUUAAAGAUGAUGGGUGACCAUUUUUUACAGGUUCUUCUUAAAAUGAAGCAUAACGGUGCAAUAGAUAAAACAAGGGCUGGGUUCACUGCCCUUUGCAACCGUCUUCUUUGCUCAAAUGAUUCAAGGCUGUGCAAAAUGACAGAAUCAUGGAUGGUGCUACUGAUGGAUAGGACAAUUGCUAAAGGGCAAACUGUGGAUGAUUUGAUAAGGAGAAGUGCAGGAAUUCCAGCUGCAUUUAUCGCCCUGUUCCUGGCAGAGCCAGAAGGAACACCAAAGAAACUACUUCCAAGGGCAUUAGAAUGGCUGAUAGAGUUUGCUAAGAACUCUUUAGCUAAUUUCCAGAAAGACUCCAACCAGAGGUCUGGAGUAAUGAAAGAUGAUCUUGGAGAGCUAUUGGAAUCACAAUCAGAAACUACAAUAAGUGUACAUUCUAAUGGUAACCUAUCUAAAAGCCGAGAUGAGGGUGUUGUUCCCACUGUGCAUGUGUUCAAUGUGCUUAGAGCUGCCUUCAAUGAUGCAAAUCUGGCAACUGACACUUCGGGUUUCAGUGCUGAUGCAACAAUAGUUGCUAUACGUGCAUUUUCAUCUCCCUAUUGGGAAGUACGCAAUGCAGCUUGCCUUGCGUAUACUGCACUAGUUCGUCGCAUGGUUGGGUUUCUGAAUGUGCAGAAGCGUGAAUCAGCUCGACGAUCUUUAACUGGCCUUGAAUUCUUCCACAGGUACCCAGCCCUUCAUCCUUUCCUUUCUAGUGAACUGCGAACCGCAACUGAACAGCUAGCUGAUGGAGUGUCCAGCAAUUUGGAGUCACACAUUACAAAAGCAAUACACCCUAGCCUGUGUCCGAUUCUUAUUCUUUUAUCAAGACUUAAGCCUUCACCUAUAAGCUGUGGAACUGAUGAUUCUUUAGACCCUUUUUUGCUUUUGCAUUUCGUCCAAAAAUGUGCUACCCAGAGUAACUACCGGGUCCGUAUCCUUGCGUCAAGGGCAUUAACUGGUUUGGUAUCUAACGAGAGACUGCAGUACGUUGUUAGUGAUAUACUGGAUAAUUUACCUCAUGGAAAUCACAAAGCAAUGGCUCACAGUGUUCAGCGUACUGAUUCUGCCGUAUCAGCUAAUAUAGGAAAUGGAAAUGUACUUCUGCUUUCUAAGUCAUUCAAUUCAAUCCAUGGCCUUUUGCUGCAGCUGGCUUCUCUUAUGGAUAACAACUUUAGAGGUUUGACAGACGGUAGCAUGAAGGAUCAGAUUCUUGGCCUACUACUGGAGGUUCUCUCAAGAUGUUCUUGGCUUGGCUGUACGAAAUUAUGCUCAUGCCCUGUCGUAAUUACAUCUUACUUGCGGGUAUUGGAUCUCAUGCUUGAUGUUGCAAGGACAGGGAAAAGCAGACAUACUGAAGUCAUUCAGGCAUUGCUGCUAGAGUUAAGUUCCCAGUGCUUGAGCAACACAGUAUCAACCCAGUACGCAUUCCAUGAUCCAACCCGUAUUGAACUAAAACAGCAAGCAACUGAAUCAUUUUUGAGCUGUGUUGGUCUUUCUAAGAAAAACGAUGAGACUAAUGAUGAAGAUGUGCAGUUGCAAAUACUUGGUGAACCAACUUCAGAGAUGCCUAGAGAGGACUACUCCCUUCAUAAAGUACACAAGGAGAUUAUGUCAUGUCUCACUGAUCCUUCAUAUGAUGUUAGAAUUACAGUGCUGAAGAGGAUACUUUGGCUCACAAAAUCAAUCAGACAUGGUGAUGUAGAAAACAUUUUGCACCAGUGGGCAGUAGUUAAUCUGCAGCCUGCUUUAAUGGAACGGUUAUUUGUGGAAGAACACCCUAAGUGCCUUUAUUAUAAUCUGAAGAUCAUCUUUUCAUGGAACAUGAAAUUCCCAUUUAACAAUGGAGAAGAUUCUAGCACACUUUUGUCCUUGUGGGACAGGUUAGUUCAUUUAAACAGCACCAUGUCACAUGCAAAAACCAGAGAAAUAGUUCUAUGUUGCAUGGGUAUGUGCAUGAAACUGUUCACUAAACUAUCUGGGGGUGGUGUUUCAAUGAAUUGUCUUAAGACCAGUGAGAUCUCUGCAUCCUAUGUCCGAAUCAAUGAAGGGAAUAGAUUAUCUGAUGCCAUGCUUAGAGUAAACUUGUUUGUCACUCUUGUCAAGAACCAAAGUGAACCAUCGGAAAGUGUGAAUGCUCGGCGGGCUGCUGCUGAGGCAAUUGUUGCUUCUGGUCUUCUUGAAGAAGCAAACUACGUUGCUUCAUCUGUGUCCAACAUGUCCUCUCCUUCAGAAUUUGAUGAAGGCCGUAUCAAAGAGAAAUGCAUGGAAGCUAACGUUUUUGCAUUUAUCAGUCUUUAUACAUGCAAGAUACUUGACUUAUGGUUUGUAUGUAUUCAGUUGCUGGAGGAUGAGGAUGCCUAUCUGAGACAAAAACUUGCAAAGGAUAUUCAGAAAAUAAUCGCUAAGGGUUCAGCUAAUACCUUCUGUGAUGAUUCCACACCACUACAAGUUGAUAGAGUCAUUGAAUUAAGCUUGGACUAUUUAACUUCUUUAUUUGGCCACUGGCAGAAAUACAUUGAAUUCUUGUUAAGGAUAGUCUUGGACACUGGAAACACUCUGAACUCCUGUGGCGAUUUGGUCCGUCAGAUAUUUGAUAAAGAAAUAGAUAACCACCAUGAGGAGAAGCUAUUGAUAUGUCAAAUCUGCUGUUCGAAUAUUCAGAAACUUUUGCAUUCAAAAUGUCAGAUGGAAGCAGGAGCAAAAACUAAACUGUUCCUGCAGAAUUGGAGGGAGACCUUUUUAAACCAGCUCACAUCACUGACUGGUGGCUAUCUUGAGAAAGAGGGGAAGAACAAUUGGAUUGGCGGCAUAGGUAACCACAAGGACGUGUUCAUAUCAGUGUAUGCAGUUCUGCUAGGCUUAUAUGCGCUCACGCAAUCUGGUUCUCUGGAACAAUUAGAGGACAACUGUGCAAUUUAUUUGCAAGAAUUUUCAAACCUUGAAGGGUUUAUCACACCAUUCCUCAAGAAUCCUUUGAUUUCUAAUCUUUACGCUCUGGUAAAAUUAUCACAUGAGAGGUUCAGAUCAUCAGAUAAGCCAGAGGACCAAGUGGGUAGUUCAGGAUCAAGUUUUGACCCAUAUUUUCUUAUCAGAUGA